CUGAUACACUGCACUCUUCUCUCCUGGUCAUGCUGUCACAUCCUCCUCAUCAGUGCUUUGGAAAAGCAACCAUCAAAAGAGAGUUUCCUCGUCGCUGCUGGACUACAAAGGACUAAGAAGAAUGUGCAACCAACAGUGACCAAGCAUAAUCUUGUGCUUCUUCCCUUAAAAACAGAAAAAAAUAUAUAUGUUAAUUUGAUAAUCAAAUGGCCCUUCAUGAUACUGGAUCUUUAGUUGGGAAUGGUAUAGUGUGCUGCAGAUCAUUUCUAUUGACUUAAACCUUAAGGAUUUUUCAGUGCUCCUCAUCCUCUUCAACUUGCCAUAGCAACUGGUUGCAGCAUCAGAGAAUCAAAGAAACCAGAAGGAGCAGGUGUGGACUGACAAAGGAGAAACACAAACUGCUGGAGGAACUUGAAAAUAUGACCAAGGUGUAGUGAUUGGAAUUAUAAAGGAGCAAGAGAGACAAGUCAGACCAAAGAUGCCUUUUGGAGGAUUCAGUGGGCUGAAAGAGAAGAUCCUCAAGCCUGGCAAGGAAGAGGUUAAGCACACUGUGGGGGACUCCCUGGGCAAUCUACAAAAGACAAUUGAUGGUUCGAAUGUAGAGGAAGAUAACAUUGAGUUGACGGAGGAUGGCAGGCCAGUACAGGCCCCGGUACGGAAGCCCCCGCUGUGUGACUGUGGCUGCUGUGGAUUGCCUAAGCGAUACAUCAUUGCCAUCCUGAGCGGCCUGGGCUUCUGCAUUUCCUUUGGAAUCAGGUGUAACCUGGGAGUGGCCAUUGUGGAGAUGGUCAAUAACAACACCAUUUACAUCAACGGAACAGAAGUGAUGCAGCCAGCGCAGUUUAACUGGGACCCGGAGACGGUGGGACUGAUUCAUGGCUCUUUCUUCUGGGGUUACAUUGUCACUCAGAUCCCAGGAGGUUUCAUCUCUAAUAAACUGGCUGCCAACAGGGUAUUUGGAGCUGCCAUUUUUUUGACCUCAAUGCUUAAUAUGUUUAUACCAUUUGCGGCAAGGGUCCACUAUGGCUGUGUUUUGUUUGUGAGGAUACUGCAAGGCCUAGUAGAGGGUGUUACCUACCCAGCAUGCCACGGGAUGUGGAGCAAAUGGGCACCCCCACUAGAACGAAGCAGGCUGGCAACCAUUUCUUUCUGUGGUUCUUAUGCAGGAGCUGUGAUUGCUAUGCCUUUAGCUGGAGUCCUUGUCCAGUAUGUUGGAUGGUCUUCUGUUUUUUAUGUUUAUGGAGUGUUUGGCCUGAUGUGGUACACGUGUUGGCUGUUAUUUGCCUAUGGAAGUCCAGCUGUACAUCCCACCAUAGAUGAAGAAGAGAGGACAUACAUUGAGACAAGCAUUGGAGAGAGCGCCAACUUACUGAAUGCUAUUGAGAAAUUCAAUACUCCUUGGAGAAAGUUUUUCACAUCAAUGCCAGUAUAUGCCAUUAUUGUGGCCAACUUCUGCAGAAGCUGGACUUUCUAUCUGCUGCUGAUCAGUCAGCCUGCCUACUUUGAAGAGGUGUUUGGAUUUGCCAUCAGUAAGGUGGGGCUUCUGUCUGCUGUUCCUCACUUAGUCAUGACAAUAGUUGUCCCCUUUGGAGGGCAGCUGGCUGACUUCUUGAGGAGCCGAAAGAUUCUGUCCACUACGACGGUCCGAAAAAUCAUGAACUGUGGAGGGUUUGGAAUGGAGGCCACCUUUCUUCUUGUUGUUGGCUAUUCUCAUACAAGAGGUGUAGCUAUCUCAUUCUUAGUUCUUGCAGUUGGAUUCAGUGGGUUUGCAAUUUCAGGAUUUAAUGUAAAUCAUUUAGACAUCGCCCCUCGAUAUGCCAGCAUUCUAAUGGGAAUUUCCAACGGAGUUGGAACGUUGUCUGGAAUGGUGUGUCCGCUUAUUGUUGGGGCCAUGACAAAGCACAAGACCCGUGAAGAGUGGCAGAAUGUAUUCCUGAUAGCAGCACUGGUGCACUACACUGGCGUGAUCUUCUAUGCCAUCUUUGCCUCUGGUGAAAAACAGGACUGGGCUGACCCAGAAAGCACCAGCGAGGAUAAGUGUGGAAUCAUAGAAGAGGACGAGCUGGCGGAGGAGACUGAACUGAACAGAGAGGCAUUUGUCAGCCCAAAGAAAAAGAUGACCUAUGGGGCAACUGUCCAGAACCAAAGCACUCACAAGCAAGGAUGGAAAAAGAAAAAGGGUGUCACGGUGGACAUGCACGAAGAGGAGCAGGCCUCUUAUCACUAUGAAAAUGGCAAUUACCAGGACACAUCACAAUGACAUUGAAUGGCUUGAGCUGUCACUUGUAGGACUGACAAACUGGAUCGGAUUAACUGUUAGGUUAACAAAAUUGGAUUAACUGUUAGGUUAACAAAAAGAGCAAGUAACAAAGACCAAGAUAACAUCUCAAAAAAGAAAAGUGAAAAGAAAGUCUGAUAUUCUGCAGGGAAUAGCCUUUAAGAGAAUACAUUUUUUUUCAAGAUAUUUCCUUCAGACAAAAUGUUAAUUUUUGUUGGACUUAUUUUGUUUAUGCUUAAUUUUUAAAUUUAAAGACAUGAAACAUCAUAAAGAUACCCAAUACCAAAUAAUACUUGUUUUUAUUGUGAACUGAAUAGGACAGGAAGUGCAUCCAGAUAAAUCUAAAUAAAGCAGUUUUAACUUCCAGAGCCAGAAAUGACCACAUCAAUACAGUACAGUAAUCUGUUGCAUAUCUGACUGUGAUCGGACUAGAGUAAGGGUGGAUAUGUAAAAAGGCAGAUAAAUGAAUCCUGUUUUAAAUACCAUUUACUAUAUUCACACAAUUACUGUUUUGAGAUUCAGCUUUUAUUAGGGAGCUCCCCUAAAUCCCUGGUUUAUAAAGAUACAGAGUAUUAAUGCUUGUGACAGAGUAGUCGUUUGGGUGCAUGAAUUCGCUGCUGAGUGACAGGCAGGAGAUGGAGACAGAGGUUGAAGUUGAUACAUCCCGCAGGCGAACAGGAUUUAUUUACAUAUUGUAGUGCUGAGCUGCAGGGUUUCUAGGAUAUGAUGAGACAGACAACAUUUGCGGUUCAAAGCAGUAGGAAACCGCUGCAUUUUUUAAAAACUUUUAAUGAACAAUGGCUCUCAUUCCUCUCCUCACUCACAAACUCAACCUUCUCUCUUAACUCUCUCUAUCUGAAUUCUCCUGCCACCAGGUUCUGCUUCUCUCUUUCAAACUGUUAUCUCCACACAGACACCCAAGUCCCAACACUCCCUAUCUCUGACUGGUCAUGACAGACCUGCUCCCACCCCCUUCAGUGACGCACUCACACACAGACAGUCUCUCGGCUCUCAGUCAAAAAAGCACCAAAACACACAGAGAACGCUAACAGAUCUGUACAUGAAAAAAACAGUUUACAAACACACAUUAUUUACAGAGUAAGUCCAUUCCUCCAUUGUCUUGCAAAUCAGCUGCCCCCGCGCUACAAUAUCAACACACUGAACAGCUCAUGUGACACUACCAGCAAUGGUUGCGCAUUGAGCACAUACAACACAGUGUACGAAAACUUUGGUAGGAUCUACAAUAUCUGAACUAAUCUUCUCUAUUCAAUAAUAAACUAACGUUGCUGAAGAGGUUGAUCAUGGCGGAUAAACGGUUAGGGCGGAUAUGUGACGGGACGGAUGCACGAUGAAUUACUGUAUACUACAAUAACGAAGAUCUGAUCAAAACAAACUGAGCCAAAAAGUAUGGUUCAGUCUAAGGCAGGAAUAAUAAGUGUCCAUUCACAAAUGGUACGCAGUGUGUCAGAGCCUUGCACUGUGAUAGUAUUGAAAGCAUCAUAAAGCUGUCAAAGUAGAAAGAAAACAGCUGCUAUUAUACUGAAUGGAUAUAUU